AGGAGAUGGCGGUGGAGAUGGAGGAGGAGAUGGAGGUAGUGGAGAUGGAGGAGGAGGUGGAGAUGGAGAUGGAGGAGGAGAUGGAGGAGGAGGUGGAGAUGGAGAUGGAGGAGGAGAUGGAGGAGGAGAUGGAGGAGGAGAUGGAGGAGGAGAUGGCGGUGGAGAUGGAGGAGGAGAUGGCGGUGGAGAUGGAGGAGGAGAUGGCGGUGGAGAUGGAGGAGGAGGAGAUGGAGGUGGAGCUGGUGGAGGAGAUGGAGGCAGUAAAAUUAGCACCAUGUGUAAGGAGUGUGUUAAGUGAAACGGUCCUGAGCGUUUGUAAUGAACUCGACUCUGGACGGUUUUCAGGAAGCAUUUUCUGUUCAUAAUUGAGCAACAGGAGUUUCUGAGGAUUUCUGAGAAUUCUGAGGUGUUUCUGUAGAAUAUUUCCGGUUAUGAACUCUCGUGUUGAGGAACAGAUUCCUAUUGUAGUUUUCCACUCUUCCUCUCUGGUCUGGCCUCGGCGCUGUAGGUUUCCAUUCUGCUCGGCUGUAACUCGACGCCCCGUGUCUGACGUCUGUAAUCGAGUCCUCCUCCCUGACGCUGAUUCAGCUCCUCCUCCGGUUCUCCAAGCAUCUCUUAUUGGCUUUCAGAGGAAAAUAUUACAAGCUCGGGAUUUUGAAAACUUGUGCAGGAGUCCUGCAGCGAGUCAGCGAUGCACGACAGGUUUUUAUUUAAACUCGAGGAAAAAGAGGGUUGAGUUUUAAUUUUAUUCUAAAGAUCAUUAUAUAGAAAUUAGAAGCAGUUAUAAAGUCGAAGGAUGAACGUACGGUUUAUUAGAGAAUAUUCAUCUCACUUUCUUUUGCAGCUUGGGGAAGAAUUGAACAUAUUAAAUGUCUUGUUACUAUAAAUGACAUUUCUUAAUCUUUGUUCUUUUUCCUAAGUGUGUGUAAGAGCCGUAUCAUACAUCACGCGUGUACAUAGUGUACGUGUCCCCUACAUACAGUAGAUGGUACGCUGGAGUCAGUGAUGAAGAGGAAACAGCAGUGCGAUUUUCAUCCUCCUGUAUUUAUGCAAAUUUUCACGUUACACAGAAGAAAACAUUCUGAAUGUAAAUGAUGAGAAUAAACCAAUACUAAAGAGCACAUGAUGAUCGUCGCUCGUCUUUAGUUAAUGGAAGUAAGGGCGGUUUUCCUUCAGUGUUAGGAUGGAAGUGCUUGUGUAUCUGGAUCUACACGACUGUGAGCUCUUCAGUCCUGCUCCGCUUUGUCGUGUCUCUCGUGUAGGCGUAUCACAAAUAAUGAUAAGACAAUGCACUUCUACAAGAUAAUGGAGGUGUCUACCGUCUUGGUGUUCUGAAAGCUGCUUCAACUUCAUCACAUACUCUGAUUUCUAAUUUCUGAAGACCGUAGAUAUGUAAAAAAUGUGUUCUUACCGGCUCUUAUGCAGUAAUAUCAGUUCUGGAAUCAGAAUGUAAAUGUAUGUAAAUGUUAAACAUCAUUCAGUAAUGAUCUAAUUGUGCCACACUCUCAUGCUGAGCGCUUUACACCGACUGCAAAUGCUUGUGCACCCAGGACAGAACGAAGACACAACACUUAAAAUGCAUUUAUUUAAUUAUUUACUUAAAGUGGGAUUUCACAGAUCCGUUAUUAUUAGUGAAGAUUAAAAUGUACAUUUUAGAAGAAUAUAUAUCAAACCAAAGAGAGACAGACAGAGAGAGUGAGGGAGUGAGACAGAGACGGACAGAGAGAGACACAGAGAGACAGUCAGACAUUGAGAGAGUGAGAGAGAGACAGACUGACAGUGAGAGUGAGAGAGAGACAGACAGACAGAGAGAGACACAGAGAGACAGACAGACAUUGAGAGAGUGAGAGAGAGACAGACUGACAGUGAGAGAGUGAGUGAGUGAAUGAGAGAGAGAGCGUGAGAGAGAGACAAACAGACAGACAGAAAAUGUACCUCGACUUUCCAAUUCAUUGACAAAAACAGAAUUCCAAGCUCUUUAACAUCUAUCUAUCUUUCUUUCUUUCUGUCAGCAGGGGAUGUAAACCUUUGCACACAAAUGUAGCGAAGACCUCUGGUUUGCGUUAUAAAGAAGUUUAAUGGGCGUGUCAGUUUGUUAGUCGAUAAAUAAAUAAUAUACCAACACAGUUGUGUAUAAGUGUGUCGAGCGGGAUAUUUCCAUACGCAGCCGAGCGAUGUUUCAGUUGUGUCCCUGUACGACUCGCUGUGGAGGAAGAGGAAAUGUUUACGUUUACACCAGAAACUGCAGCAUUGUAGGCAAAUGUUUUGGAAGCAUGCAUGGUUGUUGUAGAGGACCGUGGUGUACAUGCAUUCGGAGGUUUGUAACGCUCAUGUGGUAGAAAUGUUUUUAAUAAAAGCUCAGUGUAAUGGUUUGGUGAUGGUUUCAGUGAAUCCAGUUUAAACUGGAGCGUUCUUUUGGGUUGAAUAACGUGAACGUGCGGUUUGAAGAUUCGGAAUGUUUCUCCUCCUGGUUUGUCCCUCUGUGUAAUCUCCAGGCAGCAGAGUGAAACAUUAACGCGGUGUUUAAACCCAGACGAGGCUUUGUGUAAUUACUGUGUUAAAGCUCUUGACCGAAGUGGACGUGCUUUGUGUGAAGACUGACGGAGUGAGUCAUCUGCAGUACAUUAACAGGAAGAUUUCAGCUCUUCUGCUUCACUGAUUUAAGCUUCAAGCAGUUGCUGAGAUCUUCUCCUGAUUCUGAAUCCGAGUGUAACAGAGGAAUCGGAGGAAAGCGAACUUCACAGGAAAGAGCAGACGGCAUUGGUUUUUAGUCACACGAACAAACUCGGGUUUGUUGUCAUGGUAACUUAACGUUCAUCUUGGUUAAGACUCCCACUGGAGGGCUGGAAGAUCUGUUCAUCUUAGUCUCUACUGAAUUGUCCUGAUGAGAAACUGAGUCAGAGUCAGUGGAGCUGAUGAAGAAACUCAGAAUAAUGAAUUUGCAUUAAAGCAUGAAACUGACUGACAAGAUCGAACCGAGCAGCUGAUCUGCAUGACUUUAGCCAAUAGACCCUUAUUUACAUGUCAUGGGGAAACGACACUUUUAGGUGUUUUUGAUGUUGGAGGUGUUUGGUGUGUUGGAGGUGUUUUUGAUGUUUAGGGGUGUUUGGUGUAUUGGAGGUGGUGUUGGUGUGUUGGGGGGGUUUGGUGUGUUGGAAGUGUUUUUGAUGUUUGGUGUGUUGGAGGUGUGUUUGAUGUUUGGGGUGUUGGGUUUUUUUUUUAAUGUUUGGUGUGUUGGAGGUGUUUUUGAUGUUUGGGGUGUUGGGGGUGUUUGGUGUGUUGUAAGUGUGUUUGAUGUUUGGGGUGUUGGGGGGGUUUGGUGUGUUGUAAGUGUGU